UAUAGGAAUAAGAUAUAUGACUUUGCAUUGGUGAACCUACCUCAUUGUGUGUUUUUUUCACCUGUAUUUCCGGUCACCUUUCAUGAGAUUCAUUCAGAGGAAUCACAUCACAUCAGUUUCAAUGUGUUAAUUCAGUCAUCUAAAUCCUGUCCUCUACAACAUUCCCUUAAUUAAAUAAAUGCACUGUAGUACUUACGGAGAAAAUAUGUUUGAGUAUUCUGGAUUGAUCUAUUUUUGAUCUGCAAAUAUAACUAUCCGUUUAAAUAUACUGCAAAAUGUUCAUUGAAUUACACCAUGCAUGAUGAUCGAAUUCAUGGGUCAUGUUAUCUUUAACCCCAGCCAUACCAUACAUACUUGCAGAGCAAGAUAAACAUUCCAGACACUCCUAUACUAUUUGCAGGCAAAAAAAUCUUUAAUUGUAAUGUAACUAAUUUAUUACUGUGCUUUUUUAAAAUACAUAAAAAUGUGACAUGCGGUUUGAAACGGGUAUUGGAAUUAUAAUUAUGUAUGUAUGUAAGCAGUAUAUCUGUAUGCAUAGGUAAACUUGUGUAAAAUACAUAUUUUGUGUGUGUGUGGUUUAGCACGCCCUGAAGUUUUCCUUUAAGGUCUAAAUCAAUGCUGUCAUUUAAACUUCACGAGGGCAGAGUUGUUUACCUCUUCGCUGCGUGUGACGUCACGACACACCCCUAAUUCUGGCGUAGGAGGGAGUCGCCCCCCUCAUCCUGGCCCCACCCCGCAUGUGCCUACGAGCCAUUCGCCUCGUUGGAGCGCAUCGCGUCCGCGACGCGCCGACGGCCAAUCGUAUUGCAGUGUGGGUCGCCUGUGCUCUUCCGAUUGGCUAUCGGAAUGUAUGAUGACGGGCACAGCGGAUCCACGCAGUGGGAGGGAGGCGAAGGGGGCGGGUCAAGAGUUCUGCAAAAUUAUGUUCAUGUAUUUAGAGGUUUAAGCUGAAGAAAUAAGCUCUCCGGCCGAAUAAACGUGAAACUCGCCAGUACCGGUCCGCUCGGACGGGAGUCAUGACUGAGCCGCAGUGAUGGAGGCCACGACGGUGAGCACCUCAGCUGCCGGCUCGGAGGAGUCAGACAGAAACGUGCCACGGAUAUGUGGCGUCUGUGGGGACAAGGCCACCGGCUUCCACUUCAACGCGAUGACCUGCGAGGGCUGCAAGGGCUUCUUCAGGCGCAGCAUGAAACGCAAGGCGAACUUCACGUGUCCCUUCAGCGGCAGCUGCAAAAUCACCAAAGACAACCGGCGGCACUGCCAGGCCUGCCGGCUGAAGCGCUGCGUGGACAUUGGCAUGAUGAAGGAAUUCAUCCUCACGGAUGAGGAGGUACAGAGGAAGAAGGACCUGAUUCAGAAGAGAAAGGCAGAGGAGGCGGAGAGGGAAGCCCAGAAGCCACGGCUAACGGAGGACCAGAGCAAGGUCAUCGCAACACUGGUGGAGGCUCACCACAAGACCUACGACGACUCCUACUCAGACUUCUCCCGUUUCCGGCCCCCGGUGCGCCAGGGCCCCGUGACGCGCAGCGCCAGCCGUGCCGCCUCCCUCCAGUCGUUGUCCGACACCUCCUCUGACUCUGUCAAUCAUUCUCCAGAGUCCACGGACAUGAAGCCAAUGAACUUCACCAGCAUGAUGAUGAUGUACCAGGACCAUAACAGCAGCCCUGAGUCCAACGAAGAAGGCGCCGGAGGUCUCUCCAUGCUGCCGCACCUGGCUGACCUGGUCAGCUACAGCAUCCAGAAGGUCAUCGGUUUUGCCAAGAUGAUUCCAGGCUUCAGGGAGCUGACAGCAGAGGACCAAAUCGCACUGCUGAAGUCCAGUGUGAUCGAGGUCAUCAUGUUGCGCUCAAACCAGUCCUUCAACCUGGAGGACAUGUCCUGGAGCUGUGGCAGUCCUGACUACAAGUACUGCAUCAAUGACGUCACUAAGGCUGGUCACACGCUGGAGCUGCUGGAACCUCUGGUCAAAUUUCAGGUGGGACUGAAGAAACUGAACCUCCACGAGGAGGAGCACGUGCUGCUCAUGGCGAUCUGCCUCUUGUCUCCUGACCGCCCGGGUGUCCAGGACCACGCCCGUGUGGAGACACUGCAGGACCGCCUCUCGGAGGUCUUGCAGGCCUACAUCCGCAUCAAUCACCCCGGCGGGCAGCUGCUGUACGCCAAGAUGAUCCAGAAGCUGGCGGACCUGCGGAGCCUGAACGAGGAGCACUCCAAGCAGUACCGCUCGCUGUCCUUCCAGCCCGAGCACAGCAUGCAGCUCACGCCACUCGUGCUGGAAGUGUUCGGCAGCGAGGCCUCCUAAGGUCACCCAGGUCACGUGAUCGCGAAUCGGUUGGGCUGCUGCUUGCGGUGUCGGGGGUGGGAGUAGGAGGCGACAGUAGGAAUGGCUGCAGGGGAUUGGGGGAUAGUUUUAUAAAUAAAGGGAGAUAUAGAGUAUUUAUAUUUAAGAAGAAGUUUCUAUUCAAAGAAAUGAGUAAUCAGUCGUAUUAUCAGAUAAUGUAUGUCCGUGUGGCUUUUGCAGCGCAUUCUGCAGCUCCGCUAGCACGCAUGCCGCAAACACGCUGUCAUGAAGACGCUCACAGAUACUGCUGCCUCUAGUGAAAGCUGCCUUCUGAUUCACAUGAGGACAAAGACAUACUGUAACUAUGACCACUUCGAAGCUAGCACAUCAGGGUCUGAUGGAGGGCGUGCUUUAGAUUGGUGUCCCUGCUUUACGUUACAUGUCAUGGUUGCUAUUUGGUGAAUCCCACUGUAGUGUUUACACGUUGCUCAGAUACUUUCCGGCACAGCCAUGCAGCUGAAAAGUCUGUUGGAGCUCCAUACUCUCCAAGCUUCUGCUGCUCUCCUGAGUUUACUCCUUGUUUGUUAUAUACCCUCAGAUACUGCUUUUACUGGUUUUAUACUGGUUUUUGAUUCAAAUGCCUUAUCACACAUUUCUACCUGCCUUACCACUGUACAACACAAAUUGGAAGAUGGAUAAAAUAUUUUAAAGGGAGCUUGCAAGUAAGGAUUUUCUCUGUUAAUAGUUCUUUAUACAGUUGUAAUAAUGCAUUAGAUGCCUUAUGCUUAGUCUUAAGUAGCUAGUCAUGAUUAGCGUGUGUGAUAUUCAACCUAUAGACCAAAUGUAAUUUCACUGAUGGAUUUUGUUACUAUUUAUCCACUAAAAAGUUUCAUUCUUGUUAGCGUGCGCUCACACAAUUUUUUUUAGCUGUCUUAUUCAAUGGAUUGCAGAACUAAGCCAGUAAUUUCAUCCCGAAGCCCCUACAGAUUGAUGUCUACACAUGGUGAUUAUGUGAGGAUAUAGCCAGGGAUUAUUGCAUCAGUGUGCAGUUCACGCUAAUGCUGGGGCAUUACUUUGUUUUUAAAAUUCAGUUUUUUGUAUCAAAUCAUUCGUCGAUUAAUUAAACAGUAACAUAUUUUAUUCAUUUACAUCACAAAUGUUUAUAGCAGUUUGAUUACACGACCUUGCCUCCAUCAGACUCUGAACUGGACGUAAAAUUAGCGCUGGAUUUUAAGGUGCAGGUCUUCCUUUGCGUUCUUUGCUGAUGUUGUGCCCUCUUGUGGUUGCAUUAUGUAAAUAGCUCUUCGUUUGUUCUUUGCUGUAUACAGGGCUAAAUAGUUUAUACUAAGAUAAUUAAAUAUUCUCAAUAUAUAUGCAAAUAUAGCUACUUUAGAUAAUUUCUUUUACAAAUAAUUGAGCUUUAGUUUAUUUAUUCUUUACUUGGCUUGUGAAUUUCCAAUACUAUCAUUGAUGCAGGACAGUAUUUUUAAAUGCCAUUUUUAUAUUUUUUCUUACUUUGAGUUUAGCAAAUGAGAAUGAUUUAAAAUGCUAAACACGAUGCUGCUUACUAAUAAAGCCAUAAAUCAUGCAUUAAAAAAAUAAAGAAAAAAGCAUGAUCAAACCGCAUAACCGAAUGCCAAUCAAAAAUCCAACCGAAUGUUUUCAAUGUAGGAAUCAUAGCCCUGGAGUUGAAGCUAGCUAGCUUGAUGCUCAUGCUAAUGCCAAGGAACAUCAAACUAUAGACUACAGCAUCUUUUAAGAAGGGCAGUUAGGACAGAAGCCUGAAGCUGCUGCUCUCAGUAGUGACUCUGACACCUAACAGACUCUUGUCUUCCCUGACAAGUAACAGAAGUAACUCAAACUAAAGGAUGUAUGGAAACAGGGAACAACAGACACCACGAAUGAGCAGUCAGGGGAACUCUUCUCAUAAAUUGUGAUUUGUGCAGGAGUGUCGGAGUAUGUAUGUAGUGCUGAGCAGUGUAGAUUUCAGGGGUAUUUUGGCGAUGAUCAGGUCAGAGGAUGAAUGAUCGUCCCCGUAGACCUGGCAUGAGUACGGUGGGUUAAAUAUAGGACUAGCUUGAGUUAAAUAUGUUUGUUGGUCAGUUCUGCCUUCUGUAGGAAAGUAUUUUUUAUUGUUGAUUUUAUGAUCUGAUUUUGAUGGCUUCUGCAUAGGGCUCCUUUACCAUAAGUGCCAACGGAGCAGUUAGAAUUUUUCAAGAACUGGCCUCCUGGUCUUGCGUACCAGGCAGUUAUGGUAUAGAACUGGACAGGUCAUCCCUCGUUUGCCGCAUGUUGGGAUAUGAUGACAGAGGGGAGGUUGUGGUCAGCUGAGAGAGCCGCUUUUCCCCCUGACCCAGGGCACCGAGAACUUUGAGGUGAAUGACAUUCUAAUUAAUGUCUGCCUUUUGAUGAUCAAGAAGUGAUGAUCUGGACUGUUUAAAUGGUUAUUUCUAAAUGCAUGUAUUUGCAGCUGUCGUGGUGGAUUCUGGAGGGUGCGGCAUCACGGCAUGAUCUGAUUUCUGUGAACUUUCAGCUUUUUCGUUUGUAUUUCGUUUCUUAGCUUUCCUUUUAUUCUUGAGCUCUGUAAUAGGUUUGAGUAGAUAGCUGCACGUUCUCUCCUAGUGCACGACAGGGUAUGUGGAACCAAAUUAAACUACCUCUCCACUCACUACAUAUUUUUUUUACAGGAUUUUUUCUCAUUGUAGUCUUAUUUGUAUUUAUUACUAUCCAGUUUUUGGACAAUUACCUCAGUACAUCUCAUCAGCUAGUUAGUCCCAUAGCGUCCACUUUGCCUGUUUGACCGCUGGCAAAGGCUCGUUUCGUACAGUUUUCUUCGCCUCACCUAUAUCCGCAGAACAAGGCGAUCCUCACCGGUUCCCUGUUCCUUCUUGCUGACAGUGUUGGUUAUCACCACAGCUCACGUUAUGCUACGCGUUUGGUUAUACGUGUGAUUACAGAUCUGCACAUGUAAAGAAAAAAAAAAAAAGAAAAAAAAAUAGUUGAUCCUCCUUGCUACAUGUAUUAAAAAUAAAGAUUUUCUUUCUGACA